UACAUCAUAAAGACUCCGAUAACAAACAACAACUCACCACGACAUAAAUCGAAAUCUUAAGUUCCAGCCGAUCCAUCUACAUUCCAGUGGUGCACCAUCAGAGCUGAUACCGUGUUUUUCCCAGGGACAUUUUCCGCCUCGAACACCUGGGUUAACGAAACUCAAUUCUCUUCAUCAUCGGGGAAUCAAAUCGAAGAUUCUUUAUUGCCGUUCGUAAGAGACACUUCGCCUCCAUUGAUACAAAUCAAGGCAUCGUCGUACAACAACACUUUUGAUAAUGGUAAGCGAACCCAUCGCCUUGAGUGUUGUUGGCUUGUUUCUUUGUUUGAUGAAUUGGGGUACCGAUGUUUUCGUGUUAGUCGGUCGAGUCGAACUAUCUUGUCUUUCAUUGGAGUUAAGGAUAAAAUGGAACAAGUCAUCGAAGAUAGGAUAGAAAUAAGCCUAGUUGAACACAGAUUUGACAGGACUGAAAGAGGGGUGAUACGAGUGUUCCUGAACAGAAAGAAGUGGUGCGAUGCGUAUGCUGCACGACUAGGAGCGCAUGUACGAGUACGUACUCGGACGAGUACAUUCCGUUCUUCUCUCGACUACUUUGACAUUCUGAGAUGUUCAGAAUCAAUUAUCUCUGUAUCGACUCGAGAUUUAUAUCUACCUUAUCGCUGGUGCCACAUUAUGUUUCUGCAUGAGCGAACAUUUUGAACGUGACCUUCAACGUAUCACACCGGUCAACCAAUUUAUUUUACAAUAUUCUGCUAUUUGCAAUCGUUUAAAGGAGCCGAAACAAUGCGACGUCCUUAUCCGUUCGACCAAUUCAACUAUCCAUACGAUGAUAUUGCUAACCAACUGGACCCCUUUUGUGAUUCUCAACAGCUUAAUCGGAAACGCCAGAGGCGACAGGCUGCGGCUGUAAUAGUGGAAUCUCUUUGGAGCAAUGGCGGGAAGAACACAUCGAAUAAUGGCGGUAGUAAUACCAAAACCAGUUCCACACCGACAAGAAAGUCAACUGCACAACCACGUCCAGCUUACAACAUACCGCCAAAAGGCAUCGGUCCUAUAUCUGAACCAAACGAGAACGAUGUCCUUUGCGGGCGAGGAGGACGCAUCAACAGUCAUGCGGGAAACGUGCAAUUCAGGAAUGUAAUCCACUCGAUGAAAAAAGAAUACUUGGCUCCAACGACCAAAAAGCUUGAAAAAGCCCAUAUCGCGGCGAGAAUCGUGAACGACAUAAGGUCGAUGAAUCCUCCUGGCCGUUUUUUGAAGGAGGAAAAAUCUGAUGGAAUGUGGUAUGACAUUGGCGACAAAAAGGCAAUAAAAAAGACUGGACAAGCACUUCGCGAAGAUGCACCUGGUAUCCGACCAGUUAUUGAUGCAGACGCCGAAUCUUCUGGAGAUGAAAAGAAACCAUGUGUCACCAAAGUCGCAGAUUCCAACGUUGCAAAGAGUCGCGGACUUUCGCCGAACAUGAUACAGAGAGGAAAUGCUAUUCAGGACAAUACAGUCAAUCUAUCACUGGAGGAUGCUCGAUCUAUUUGGCCCCAGCAACAUUUGAACAACAAUACCAGCAAUAUUCAACAGUCGAUGUCAGAUUAUCACGCGCAAUCGUCCAUGCCUCCACCAUUUCGGCCGAACAGGAACAAUAAUAACGCAUUUUCGACAUCGUACCCGGUUGGAUAUUCUAUGCAUCAGGAACAAAAUUUUAUGCAAAAUAAUGGUUUACAAAAUCAACAAGGAUUCCAGACUCGAAACAUUCAACUUCCACAAGGUGCUCUACCAAACCAGACUUCUUUUUCUAACCAGUUAUAUCCAGGAGUUCAAUCUACGACGAACAAUGGCAAUAUGGUUUCCAGGAGGAUGAUGGAUGCGAUGUCUCAACCUAGUCCACCUGUUCGUCAGCAGCAACAGUACAAUGCUUUCCCGCGACAAGGUGGAUGGCAAAAUCAAGAUAUUGCCUUCGAUAGAACAUUCCACGAACCAAAUAGAAUGAUGGGAGAUGAUAAUACCUUGAGCACAAUUUCAGGACUUAGCGAGGUGAUUUCCUCGAAUAUGGGAAGUGCCAACAAUCCUACUAGUAGCUUGAUGAACAUGUCCCUGAGAUCGAACUUUUCCCUUACCGGUAGUCUACGGAGGAAUAGCAUGAGAGGGGGAAACUCAAUAAGGACAUACGAUUCCAUCGGCGCUGGUGGACCCGGUAUCAAUGGAUCGAUUCGAAGUGGUUUUGCUCCCUCGCUAGCCCGAUCAAACAGCUUUUCAGACAUAAGCAGCAUAAUGAAGGGCUCUGAUAAUUGGAAAGAAGAGGGCAAUUUGAACCUGCUCGAGGAAAGCGACGGAAGAGACAGGGAUUGGGGACGGAAUUCUAGUGCCAUGUCGAUUGGCACGUUGAUAGAUAUGCAGUCAAACGCAUCAUCAACACAGUUGCUUGCAGCAGCAGUUCCUGGCCAGGAUGAUAGAUCAUUUAUGUCAUCGGCGAUGAUGAUGUCAACAGAGCUGGAUGCUCUAGAUUUGGCGUUUUAAGGAUAAUAUUAUAUUUCUUAGAAUUUACUUUCUUCAUAAAUUGUGCGAGUGCAUGCGUGUUCCUAAAAUUUUGGCAGUUCAUUCACGUAUUGACAUUAAAAAGCCUUGCCAUUG